AGCACAUGUUUGACGACGCUGCAGCCUGUCAGCAUGAAGGUGAAACUGAUGCUAGUCCUGCUCGGCUUCCUCCUAAUAGCACUCACAGAUUCUGAGAAUCCUCUAGGGGCUGGAUGGGAAACUGAAGGGGGCCUGACGUGGCCCCCUGGCUACCAGUUGAUGAUCACUGUGAUAUGGUGUCUCAGAGGUUUCCUGUUUCUCCAGAUUCUCUCAACAGCUGUCUUACAGUGAACAUGCAGGUGUGUGUUUCUGUGGACCCAAAGAGGUUUGUGUUAGGUCAGGUGAGAUGGUGGCGCUGCAAUGUCCUCCUUUUGGAGCACAAAAUCACAGUGAAACCAAACUGAUCUGGAACAGUCACACAGCACAGGAGAUGGCUCUGAGCAGCAACACUUCAUCAGCUGAGCUGAGGAGGAUGGGAGUGCUUCUUCAUGGGAGAAGUCUUGUGAUUCUAAGUGCUGCUGUGAACCAUCAGGGGAAUUACUCAUGCUCUUCAAGGGAUGGUAGCGGCCAGUUCUGGUUCAGGCUGACCGUUUUCACAACACCGAGCAGAGAGUGCGAAGCGAGGACCACAUACCGAACAACAUGCUAUACACAAGAGUCCUGCAAAUUGAACUGUCCUGAAGUUAAUAUCCCUGAUGUAAAUACACCAAAUAUGACCAGCAACGACAUAUUAUGGCACAAGAGAGGCAAUUCCUCGCCAAUUAGCGGUUACUUCACGAGUGUGGAAGAGAAAGACAGCGGUGCCUACAUCUGUACCAGAUCUUACCUGUACAAUCAGCAUCAAUAUAACAUGACCUCUACAGUGGUGCUCGAUGUCGAGCCCAACAAAAAAGCUGAAAAAUCUGCAGUGAUCGUUUCACCCCAUGAGAAUGAUGUGAUUCAUGUAGAUUUAGGCUCCACAGUGGUGAUUUCUUGUAAAGCUGUGACAUUUUCAGAAUUUGAUGAUCUGUCCUGGAUGAGUGGAAACUCGCUGGUGGAAAUGAAUGAAAGCUUACCAGUUUUCUUAAAUAUAACCAGUUACAGAAAUGAUAAUGGGGAAAAAAUCAACACGACAGCCUUAUUGGUUUUUAAAAAAGUGACCAAAGAGGAUCUAUUGAAAACUUACACCUGCAAACUGGAAUCUGAAGACCAACCCUCAAGCUCUGUCACCGUUACCCUGGCUCAAAAAGUUCGCCCCUCCUAUGUUUCCUUGGCUGUUUGCAGCGUCUGCAUUGUGGUGGUGAUGAUUUUGAUCACAAUUGUCUACAUCAAGCUCAAAAUUCCCAUCACUCUUUUCCUGAGGGACACUCUUGGCUGCCACAGAAGCACUUUAGGUUCUGUUUUAUUUUAUAGCUUAAGCAGUAUGCACAUUAUUGUGAUCUCAGAUGAAAGCAGUGACAAAGCUGUUCUUUACUGUCUUUUAGAUGGAAAAAGCUACGACGCCUUUUUAAUGUGUUAUGAAAGCACAGACGCAGGAUUGAAUGAAGAUGACAGGGACAAGCUGAAAACUGUUUUGGAGAAGUUUGGCUACAGUCUGUGUCUGUAUGAUCGUGAUGUCUUACCGGGAAAAGCUGUAUCAGAGGCAGUAUUGGACUGUAUCGAGCAGAGUCGGACAGCACUUUUGGUCCCCACCUCUUCAGAUCCCGGUCUUGGGUCCAGUCUACUGAGCGUCAUCUAUUCAGCGCUUGUAGAGAGAAAGACUCACUUAGUUUUCAUCACCACUGAGUCGACAGAGAAGUCCAGGUCUGGUUCAGUACCAGAGGCCUUACAGCUUCUCAGUGAGGCUGGAGACUGUGUCACUUGGAAAGGAGAACACUCCAUGAUGCCCUCCUCCUCCUUCUGGAAGCGGCUACGCUAUCACCUUCCUGCUCCACAACAUGCCACAAAAUUCAGACUUUUAAAUGGGAGUGGGAUAGAACUUUAGAGUAAAAUAUAACCACGACUAAUGUAGCUUUGUUAAAUUUACAACUUGAGCCUGGUUUAUACAGUACUGUGAAUAACCUUUAGGCACGUUUUGGCCAAUAUUGAGGUUGUAUUAAGGCAUAGAUGUGGCAAGUAAGCUGCCUGAGCACGCCAUCAGACGUAAAGGAGGAUUGACACAGCCCUGGUCGUACUCUGGAUGUCCUUGCAUAUUGCCAGGAGCAUGGAAAAGAACCUGUUGAAUAAAAUAAAGUCUACACCUUUAUGGUGGCAUACAAAGUGGAUGUGGUUACAUUUUUAGGAGGUGUAUAUCGACUUUGUGUGUAAAGCUAUGUGUAGGGUCCAGGGCUGCAAGAUUUAGCAUCUUAUCUUGAUGUUACUUGCAUAAGUGACCUUUUCCUGGUAUGAAUGCACUAUGAGAGCGAAAACAGACAAGCAUUUAAUGUCAGAGGCAAAGACCUAAAAUAAUCAGGAAAAAAUGCUGUCCGAAAGAAAAUGUAACUGUCUGUUGAAGACAGCAAAGGUUGUUGUCUAGGUGUCCCAUGAGCUCUAUAUCUCUAUCCUAUGUGCACACAAUAAGACUGAUAUUUCCACAGGUAUGCAUGUGUAAAAACAUAAUGGUCUUUAAUUUUGUCACAUAUCACAAAUUUGCAACACAUAUAACAUGCUCAAAUAUGUGCUUUUUGAAUUAUCGAGCAAUAAACAAACUGCAGUAAAGGUGUAUGGUUGUGUAAUUACACUUGUUAAUGUAAACACACCAGUCAAUAUUCCUGAAAUAACUUUUCAGUAUUCAUUCUCUUUAGAGCUGUAAGUUUGAGCUGUUACUCUCUAUUCUGUAGUUUCAUCAUUUCUUUUUUGUAAUUUAUUUAAUCUGAAACUGUACAAACUGCACAAUAACAGAUUACUGUGAUUCCUAUGGGCAACGUUUUAAAA